CUGAGCCAGGGGCGCAUUCGCCACGGGACCGCAGCCGUGAGCCCCCGGAGCCCCGGGCAGCCCAAAGCAACACCGGGCAACCCCGGGCAAACCCAGGCAGCCCCGAGCAGCCCCGGGCAGCCCCAGGAUGCUGGCGGCGGGCGGCCCCAGCCCCGCGCAGUGCUGCGGGGCCGUGCUGCUGGUCGCUGUGCUGCUGCAGUCCAUGUGCGUGGCCGUGACCUUCCUGUACUUCACCAGCGAGCUCAGACAGCUCCAGGACUCGUACUCCAAGAGUGGCAUCGCUUGUCUCACCGGGGAGGAGAUCGGGAAUUCCAUCCAAAACUUGGAUCUCAUUGAAAGCCAAGACAGAGAAGCUGAUCCCUGCUGGCAAGUAAAGUGGCACCUGGGAAAGUUAAUUAAAAAGAUGAUGUCAAGAAGCUACCAGGAAAACAUACCUGCAAUCAAUGUGGGGAGCACGCUGCCGCUGCCGCGCGCGGAGGGGCAGCAGCCGCGCGGUCCCGUCCGCAGGAUCGCCGCGCACCUGACGGGCAGCAGCAGCAGGAGGAGCUCCCUGGCCCCACGCAUAAAUUCCUUGCCCAGAAGAGGAAAUGGACACAAAAUAAACAACUGGGAAUCAUCAAGAAAAGGCCACUCCUUCCUUUACAACGUGGAGUUGAGAAAUGGAGAGUUAGUGAUACCCCAGACAGGCUUUUAUUACAUCUACUCACAAAUUUACUUCCGCUUCCGUGAGAACGAGGACUCAGACUUGUUGGGACAAAUCAGGAACCCCAAACAGCUUGUCCAGUAUGUUUACAAACAGACUGAUUACCCUGAGCCCAUCCUGCUCAUGAAAAGUGCACGGACAAGCUGCUGGUCUAAAAAGGCGGAAUAUGGACUUUAUUCCAUCUAUCAAGGCGGUGUGUUCCAGCUGCAGAGAGGGGACAGGAUUUUUGUCUCUGUCAGCAACAGUGACAUAGUUGACAUGGACAAAGAAGCAAGUUUUUUUGGAGCUUUUAUGGUCAGUUAGAACAUGGAAAUCAUGAUCCCAAACAGCCCAGUUUUUCUAGUCAGGGACAGCUUGAAUUCCUAUAAAAUAGGGGAUAACAAGCAAAAGCUGUAUUGAUACCAACAGGAGCAGACUGCCCUUACUCACCACGCUCUGUCCCAGCAGCAGAAGAGCAGCAGCAGCUGGCUGUGGUUGGCAAUGCUCUGUGCAGGCACAGGCAGCCAGGCUGGGAAUGUGUGAUGGAUUCACAGCCCCCAGGUGACACCUUUGGCCAGAACCCCGGGCAGGAGAGCACUCACCAGCGGCACAGAUGCUCCAGGCUGGCUCAGCUGUGGCACGAGGGAUGGCGGAUGCUCCAGGUCUGGUAACUCAAGGCUGAGACUGGAUAUCAAAUUUUGUGGUUUCCAUUAGGACCCUUUCUUAAAUCUGUCAGGAAGCUUUGUACAUACUGUGCCCAAGUGUCUGUGGAAUUUCUCCAGAAGUUUUUUGAACAGGAGUUUUGCAGAAGCUGCACAUCUUCAUCUCGUCUAACAAAGCACUUAAGCACCUAAUUAAUUUUAAGCACACAAACAGUCUGACUACAUCAGGGUAUCCACAUGCUUGAAAUUAAGUAUGUGCUUAAGCAUUCUCCAGGAUCAUGUCUUGAGUAAACACAUUUGUCUUAUGUGGGAUAUUGUGCAUAAGAACAGCUGCUGGAAUGGCACUGAAGUGCUUUUGAAAUCAAUCUGUGUUUUGAUCAACAUUUUGUAACAGUGCCUAUUUACUUAAUUACUGUGCUGCAGACAUCUCACCAGGCUCCCAAUAAGUUCAGUAAUGCAGUUGCUGUUAGACUUGCUGACAGCAAGAACUGGAUCCAGAAAAAAGAGGUGGGUUGCUGUAAAUACUGAAUUUCGUGAGAAAUUUGCAGCAAGUUAGGCAUGACAAGAUUCUUCCAUGUUUAUUUGUACUGGUCUGUGUUUGGGAGGAUGUAAUGUAGAAUAACACACCCCAGUGACUAACAUUUUAAGGAAAAGAGGCACAACUAUGUGUACUUACAAAAAUGCUGCUUAUUUAGGUAAUGCUGUAAAUAUUUGAUUUUAUUUUUAGGAAUCAGAAAUUUUUCACAAUUUUUUUUUGUAAAAUACAUUUUUUUAAAAAUGAACAAUAUAUUUUUUAACUCUGUGAAAAUGACUAUUUUGUAUUAAAAGGAUUUGAAAGUUUAUGGGCUCAGUGCGUAGCAAAAGUCAGUUUGUGUAAAUCAGCACAUCUGUAGCAUUGUCAGUGGAGGAAUAGCAAAUUGCACCAUGUGUGCAUUUUGCCCAGAUUCAGAGGAAACAGUGGGAAAGGUAAAAAAAAAAAAAAAGAGGGAAAGGAAGACACUUCUGCAAAUGUUACUUUACAUCAACAGAGUGAUGGCAGGAUAAAGUCUGGCUUUUUUUAAAGUCUAUUUUUUGAAUACACUGGGGUUGCCGUGGGAACCCUCCCCUUCACCUGCAUGCUGUGGUAAUUAAAUCACAGCAGCCCCUGCACAUGGGCCUCACCAGUAAAUAGGAAUUGUUCAUCCUCCUGCCCAGCCAACAGCAGGGGGUUUGCAGACACCAGCCCCUGUUUAUCUGGCUAUUCAGACAAGCAGUACCUUGGCUCACUUAAGUACCUGUGUUGGAGCAGCAAGACAAGAAUUUCAGGAGCAUCUUUCUUUUGGCAGGUUAGGGCAAAAAAACCCACCAGUGUAAGCUGAAAAUAAGGAGUUUUAACUUCUGCCUACUGUUUAACAGUGUCACACACGCUGUUUUCAGUGGCAAUCAAAUAUGUGAAAUUCUUCACCAUUUACUGGAACACUGUGGAUUGCCUCCUUCUCAAAUCAUCUGUUUUGACAGAGAACAGAAAACAUUUCUACAGUUUUCCUUCCUGAUUUCAGUAUUUCAUUCAGAAAUUUUCUCCCUGCCAGAAAAGCUGGAGAAGAGAGCCAUUCCCUAUAUACCUGUAUGUCUGUUACCUUGGAGAAAUGACUUUUGUAGGGUCUCCUUGCAGAUGGACUGGGCUUGAUGAUUUCAGCCCAGAACUGACCCCUGCUAUCAGGUUUGGUCUCUGCAUGCAGAGCAUAUUGCAACAGGAAUCACACCAAAUAAUAAUUCUCUGAGUGAUCUAAAGGCAUGUUUGCCAGAUGUUAUCUUGGGGGAAGAUUGUCAAGGGAUAUCAGACAGGACACCUUUGAAGAAGAAUGGAAAAAUAUGGAAAUUUCUGUUUGUGGUGUGUCCUGACUCACACUUCUCAUCUCGCUUUAUGCUGAAUGACAUAUGUAGCAAAUUUUGAUAGGUUGCAUUAACGUGUGAAUAUUGUAAAUUUUUCUACAAGCUUUUUAUAUAAAAUGUUUUUACUAAACAGUC